AUGACCGGACCUACAGAGGAUGAGCCAGCCGCCUGCGACAGCGGAGAAAUGCCGAAGGUUUGGACAGCCACGCCGAUUAAACGCGACUUCAAGCCCGAGUUUGACUCACGGUGUCCACUCUUCAUGAAGCGGCAGAAGAUGACCCUGUACCCGGAAAAAUUGACGUCGCCCUUCAUCGGCAGUGCACCCUUUGAGCUUGUUUCUCAGUCUUCGUUCGGCCAAGGCAAGCGCGGAGGACCUCUUCCGACAGGUUGGGUGCACAUGAUCGCACUGAUAAUGGUUGAUCUAGAAAGAGUACACCCGCCUUUCCCGGUUGUGGGCAAGUGUUUGGACAGGGUGGCCUUCACGAGGAUAAAGUCCCUGGGCAAGGAAGGGCGCGUCAUCAAGGUGGACCGCGAGGACAACACGGCCAAAGUGACUGUGAAGGGCGUUGGCGAUGUUUGGUUGCCAGCCGAAGCCGUGGACGUGGCAGGGGGCAUGGGCCUGGACAGCUUCAUGUUUACGAGUCCUUUCGUGAACACGCCCUUCGGCGGCGGAGGAGGUGGUUAUCCACAGCAGAAGACGGUGCAACAGAGGAUGGCUACGCCGCCGCUUCCACUGGAGCAGUGGCGCACACAUCCACAAGAGGCCACGGCUGCCAUCUCAAAGAUGUCCAAGCAAGGCCGCGUUGACGAGGCCAUGUCAGCUGUGGAGCUCAUGGUUCAGAACCACGUGGAAGCCAACACCUUCCACUACAAUGCUGUGUUAUCUGGCUGCAAGAGAGAAGGCCGCUGGGCCUUUGCUCUUGGACUCCUGUCCAAGCUGCGGCUCCUGGCAUUGGAUCCCAGCAUCGUGACUUACAACUCUGUGAUCAGUGCAUGUGCCGAAGGCAGUGCAUGGCAAGUUGCCCUAGAUCUACUGCAAGCUUGUUCUGCAGAUCGGCGAAUUCUACCGACUGAAAUAACAUUCAAUGCUGCCAUUUCGGCCUGUGCGCGGGGAAGAGAGUCUAUGAUGGCCAUGUCUCUCUUGCGAACCAUGCAAGACCGGAGCCUUCAGAGGGAUCAAAUCAGUUUUGGUGCGGCGAUGACAGCAGCAGACAGCUGGCAGCAAGCCAUGCACUUGCUGGACUUGAUGACAGAUGCUUUGGUCUCUCCCGAUGUUAUUACCUACAGUGCUGCAAUCACAGUGUGCGGCAGCAAAAGCCAGUGGCAGCACGCAUUAUACAUUCUGGAGGGCAUGCAUGGAGCCCGGACUGCUCCAAACCAGAUCACGUAUGGUGCAGCCAUCAGUGCGUGUGAAAGAGGACAUGAGUGGCAACAUGCAAUGGACCUCCUUUCCACCAUGUACAGCCAGAAGUAUGCACCAAACCAGAUCGUGUCCAGUGCGGCAAUCAGCGCCUGUGAGAAGGCAAGCAAAUGGCAGGCGGCACUGGCCUUGUCUGUGGGCAUGACCGCAUCAAAGUUGGAGCAAGACAUAAUAAGCUGCAAUCCGGUCAUUGCUGCAUGUGCCAACGGCGGGCAAUGGCAACUUGCACUGCAACUGUUGGCGGACAUGAAUGCCACGGGUUCCUUGUGCCCAGAUUGUUUCAGCUAUACGGCAGCGAUUACUGCAUGCUCACGCACUAGCCAGUGGCAAAGAGCACUGCAGCUCUGGGACGACAUGAGCACGGCAGGGACAGAGGCCAGCAGCAUAUCCUGGAAUGCCGUGAUCAGUGCAUGCGAAAAGGGUGGGCAGUGGGAGCUUGCGCUCUGCGCAUUGGAAGCGAUGGUGGCAGAAUGCCUACCACAGGAAACAACAUUCGGUGCUGCAAUUAGCGCUUGUGCAAGAGGUUCGCGAUGGCAGUCGGCAAUGAUGCUGCUCGGAGACUGCAAGGAACGAAAACUGCAGCCUAGCGUCAUCAGCUACAGUGCUGCCAUCAGUGCCUGUGAGGAUGCUGCGGAGUGGCAGCCGGCCCUGCAAAUGCUAAGCCGAAUGCUCGAAGACACGACCACGCCCAAUCUCGUCACUUACAGCUCAGUGAUUUCUGCAUGUGAGCGAGGGCUGCAGUGGCAACUCGCCUUGGAGCUGCUCCGAGAUAUGGCUAGGUUGAAACUGACCCCGGAUGCCAUCACGUGCAGUUCUGCUAUCUCUGCCUGUGAGCAAGGAGGUCUUUGGCACGUGGCAGUCCGCCUACUAGCAGACAUAAAGAUCUUUGCGGCGUUGCCCACCCAUGGAUCAACGGCUGCAGCCAUUAGUGCUUGUCAGAGUCAAGGUCGCUGGCAGAUGGUCUCCAACCUGCUGUUGGACACAUCAACUCCUGCAGGGGCGAUUACCAACAGCUUGCUCGCCGACAGCUUCAGCAUUGAUUCCGCUGGCGCAGAAAUAUCGGGGUCAGAUCUUUCCCAGCUUUCGUGGAGACUUGCCAGGACCACGAGACACUUUGCAUCUUCGCACAGCAUGGCCAAGCAGGUAUCUGGCAACCUUUCGCAGCUCGUGCUAAGUGAAGUUUCCUCAGACAUUCAACUCUCGGAGCUUUGUUCUGUGAUGUGGUCUCUGGCAUCCAUGUCGGCUACAGAUGCUCUCGGUGACCUGGUCAAGACUGCAAGGGGACGGUUGGAGAAGGGAGAGGGACGGCUACUGAAACCAGCGAGUCUGGCAAAUUUGGCGUGGGCCCUGUCCAUUGCAGAUUCCGAAUCUGCUGUGCUGCUUGCCGUUCAACGUGAGCUCGUCCGGAGGCUGCCGGAACUCUCCCAGAGCCAGUCUUACCGAUGGCAAAUGGAAUUCGCGGAUGCCACACUGACAAUCCUUUGGGCAAGCAGUUUCGCUAACACCUCGGCAGGGCCUGCAAGGCUUGCUGCGAGGACCGCCUUGGGCCGAGUGGGUGCGCGCCUGGAUCCGGCUGGGAAGCUUCUUCCCGCUGUCGCCAGUCGGGUUGGCCUGUCGGGUACCUCCAGCAGAAUGGAGCCCUUCAUCAAAAAGGCCGUCGCCGACGUUUUGGUUGUCUUCAAACCACCGGGCUGGGAGGUAGACCUAUCGUCACAAGAGCAGAGCCGGGAGAAGGGGCGGCUCUCUGAGUUCAUCAGGGCCAUGUAUUAUCCCUCUAACGGUUGUCCGGCCUUGCUCCUAGAUGCUUCCAAGCAGCACGGAUUUCUUCAUCGCUUGGACGUGCCUUCUUCCGGCUUGCUCCUAGUGGCCACUAGCCACAAGGCCUAUUUCGACCUGCAUUUUCAACUUGCUACGGCUGUGUUGGUCAGGGACUAUGCCGUCAUGAGCCAUGGUUGGAUGGCACCCCGGCGUCGAGAAAUUCAGGCUCCGGUUCACUGGUGGGACUCCCCAGCCUUAGCCGACGCUCCCAGCGCAGUCUUGCCCUCCGGGCGGGCAUCGCGCAGUUUCUGUAAAGUCCUCUCGUACUUGGUCAAGGGCGGUGUGGCCCUGAGUUUCAUGGCCAUCCGUAUCGGAACUGGACGGCGGCAUCAAAUUCGAGCACACACCGCUCAUACCGGGCACGCACUGAUCAUGGACGGCAAGUACUCGUCGAGCGCCGAGUAUGCGGUAAGCCAAAGUUGGUGUCCGCGGAACUUCCUGCAUCGAUAUCGGUUGGCCUUCGAAACGCAUGGCAGGAAACUUGCUGUGACCGAAACGCUCCCAUCAGACCUGGGCAGGGCCAUGGCUCGGACAACACCGCUAAGAGCGGCCAUGGACAUGCGGUCAUGGACAGAAGGGUCCGAGCUGCAGGCUUGGCAUCGUUGCCCAGUCUUAGAGCAGAAAGGGGCCGAUGAUUCAAAACACGGACAUUGUGCUUUCACUGGUACAGCAUGA